CCGUGUUCGCCAUGGAAGCAGCUACAGCAACUGCUACUUCCUCUCAGUCUCGCCAGAGAAAGCUGAAGAGAAAGCGCGCCGCCGCGUUGGCGAGUGACCCCCAACUCGACCGACUUAACUCGCUGCCUUGGAACCCUUCGUUUCCACGAAACAAUGACGAAGAUGAUAACAACAACGAAAACGAUCCCUUUGCUAUGCUCGCUACUGGCUCCAACGAGCUCGAAGGAGGUUUCCUCUCGCUCGAGGAGAUCGACGAGGCUGAUUACGGUUUUUCCAUUCCUGAACCUCAAAUUAACGAUAAGAAGAACCAGAAGAAGAAGCAUAAACUCGACGAGAAUGUGAUAGAAGAGAAGAAGAAGAAGGAAGAAGAAGAAGAAGAUGUUGGAGUUGGCGGUGGCGGCGGCGGUGGUAGCGGUGAGGUUGAAGUGAAGAAGGAAAAGAAAAAAGACAAGAAGAAGAAGAAGAAGAAGAAGCAGAAAAAGAAGACAAAGAAAGAUAAGAAGAAGGAGGAGGAGGAAAAGAAGGAUAAGAAGAAGGAGGAGGAGGAAAAGGAGGAGAAAGCGGUUACCGAAAACCAGAAUGUUGAGAAGCCAGAUACUGGUCUAGAUACUGAUGUGAAGGAUGAUGAUGAUGUUGGGGAAGACUUUGAUGAAACUGAAUUUUAUGCAUGGCACGAGUUGAGGCUUCAUCCUUUGCUGAUGAAAGCAAUUUACAAGCUUGGUUUCAAGGAACCGACGCCAAUUCAGAAAGCUUGUAUUCCUGCUGCUGCUCAUCAAGGGAAGGAUGUUGUUGGGGCUGCUGAGACAGGAUCUGGUAAAACACUUGCAUUUGGUUUGCCCAUUUUGCAACGUAUUUUGGAGGAACGGGAGAAGGCUACAAAGAUGGAGGAAGAAAGGGGUAAAGAGCCAGAAAAAUAUGCUCCUACAGGAAUUUUGAGGGCUCUAAUUGUUGCCCCAACCAGAGAGCUUGCUAUUCAGGUAACUGAUCAUCUGAAAGCAGUAGCUAAGUAUAUUAAUGUUAGGGUGACCCCUAUUGUUGGGGGAAUUUUAGCCGAAAAGCAGGAGAGACUUUUAAAAUCAAGACCUGAGAUUGUUGUUGGAACUCCAGGGAGGUUGUGGGAACUUAUGUCAAGUGGAGAAAAGCAUCUAGUUGAGUUACAUUCAUUGUCUUUCUUUGUGCUUGAUGAGGCUGAUCGAAUGGUACAAAAUGGUCAUUUUAAGGAGUUGCAAUCAAUAAUUGACAUGCUUCCCAUGUCAAAUAUCUCCGCUGAAGAUAAUUCUCAACAUGCACAAAAUUGUGUUACAGUUUCAAGCUACCAAAGAAAGAAAAGACAAACUCUUGUGUUUUCAGCUACUGUUGCACUUUCUGCUGAUUUUCGCAAGAAGCUUAAGCGCGGUUUAGUAAAACAAAAACAAUCAUUCACAGAGGAACUGAAUUCUAUUGAAACUCUUUCUGAACGAGCUGGAAUGAGAUCCAAUGCUGCAAUUAUUGAUCUUACCAACCCGUCAAUAUUGGCAGCCAAGCUUGAGGAAUCAUUUAUUGAAUGCAGGGAAGAAGAUAAAGAUGCCUACUUGUAUUAUAUUUUGACUGUCCAUGGACAAGGUCGCACCAUAGUUUUCUGUACAUCAAUUGCAGCUUUGCGCCAUAUUUCUUCCAUACUGCGGAUUCUUGGCAUUGAUGUUUGGACUCUGCAUGCACAAAUGCAGCAGCGAGCACGUUUAAAGGCCAUGGAUCGUUUUCGUGAAAGUGAAAAUGGCAUACUAGUUGCUACGGAUGUUGCUGCAAGGGGUCUUGAUAUUCCUGGUGUUAGAACUGUUGUCCACUAUCAGCUUCCGCAUUCAGCAGAGGUUUAUGUGCAUAGAAGUGGAAGAACAGCUAGAGCUUCUGCUGAAGGUUGUAGCAUUGCUUUAGUCUCACCAAAAGAAACGGCAAAGUUUGCUUCGCUGCUCAAAUCAUUUUCUAAGGACAAUUUUCAGCGGUUUCCUUUACAGAACUCAUACAUGCCAGAGGUUUUAAAAAGAUUGUCUCUUGCACGCCAAAUUGACAAAAUAACACGAAAGAAUUCGCAGGUGAAAGCUGAGAAAAACUGGUUUGAUCGAAAUGCUAACUCAGUUGAAUUAGUUACUGAAAAUGACGACAGUGAGGAGGAACAAGUGAACAAACACAAGCAAAUGAAAGCCAGUUCUAAACAGUUGAAGACAUUGCAACAGGAGCUCAAAAUGUUGAUUUCACGUCCUUUACAAUCAAAGACAUUUUCACAUCGAUAUUUAGCAGGGGCUGGUGUCACACCUGUCAUGCAGGAACAAUUGCUACAAUUAGCUAAGCAAAAACUAAAUGAUCGCCCGGGCUCAGGAGUAGGCAAGAAGGGAAAAUUGGUUGUGAUUGGUCAAGAUUGUGUUGAAGCACUUCAGGCACUCCGGAAUGCCGGUGAAGAGGUGCGCAUGGAUGUCAAGGAUUUUGCUGGAAAACAGAGAAAUAUAGAAAAUCGGAAAAGAAAAAGAAAAGAGGAGAAGAAACGUUUGCGUGAUCAACGAAGAAAGCAGAAGAAAAAGCUAAAACAGGACAAUCAAUAGAUUGCAAUACAUAUGAUAUAUAAAGUUGGGCAAAUUUUGCACCAACCGAAGUUUUGUCAUUUGUUGCUGGGUAAUUUUAAGGCUGGGACUAUGUCCCAUAGUUUUAUCGUGAUUAUCCAUAGAGCUUUGAUUUCUUGUAUGAAUAGAAUAUAUCAUGAAAAUUUCAAUUGAGAAGUAGAGAAUAUAACUAUGUCAGAGGAAGCUUAUGUCAACUUUGGCAGUUAUCAGCGGCAAUCAAGCUUCAAAUUCAGUGGUUCUGUAUUCACACAUAGACCAGCCGUGACUGAUCGAAAAUAGUUCUUUUUCUUUUUGAUGUUAUACGGAAUUUUCUCUAGUCAUGUUUCAUUCAAAAGCAAGCUUAUUCUAAUGAAAUCCUACAAGUUUAGGCUCUGUUCUUUCUCUCUCUCUUACUAUCAUUGUUGCAGAAUCAUUAGCAGUUUUUUAUGGUGUUGGUUUGGUGUUUUUGAUUUUGGAGAGUAUAAAUUAUAACAUUGGAAAGUAUCUCAAUGUUUUCUACAGGAAAAUUUCUUCUUUUUUGCUUUUCACGAACUGGAAGCACUCACUCAGAGCUACCUCAAAUUCCGCACCAAUUAUGAAAAAAAUCAGGGAUUGUAAAAUGCAAAUUGUCCAA